AUGCCUCUCCAGAUCACCGUCCUUCCAGCGUCUACGCAAGCCGGCCGGGAAACCAUUAGGUCUUUGCUCGCGGAGGGAGAGCCGCCGCUCAUCCAGGCCGUGUAUCGGGACGUCUCGAAGGCUCCAUCAGAGUUCACGAGCCAUGCCGACUUCAAGGCCGUGAAGGGUGAUGUCUCCAGUGGCACUGGACUGGACUUUAGCACUUCUGAUGCGGUCUUCUAUAUUCCGCCUCCGACCUAUGAUGGCACGGACUCAUCGGAGUUUGGCCGCAACGCAGCGAACAACGUCAAAGCUGCACUUGAGACAGCGUCUGGGGUCAAGAGGAUAGUUCUUCUGUCCGCGAUGGGAGCACAGAAUGACAAAGGCGUUGGCAUCUUGUCGAUCAACCAUGUCACGGACGAGACGUUGAAGACUAGCGCGGCUGAGGUUGUCGUUGUCAAGCCGGGCUUCUUCAUGGAGACUUGGGUUUCUGCUUUGGACACGGCGAAAGCGGACACGCCGUACUUUGAUUCCUAUAUCACGCCAGACGAUCAUGAGAUCGCGGUGGUUAGCCUCGACGACAUCGGCAAGGUCUGCGCACAACAGCUGCUAGACACCGGUAACUCCUUACCAUCAAGCCCAUACAGCGUCAACCUGCGUGGUCCGCGUGAUUACAGCGCCCUCGACGUUCAGUCGGCACUCCAAGAAGUCACUGGAAAGAAGGUCAAGAUCAAUGCCAUCAAGCCUGACCAACUUCCGGCUUUCUUCGGUCAGCACGUGCCUGCACAGUAUGCGGACGAGCUCGCGGAGAUGACAGCGGCUUGUCUUCCCGGCGGACUUAUCGCGAAGGAGAUGGUACAGGAAGAGGGGGUUGCUAGAGGUCAAAUUGAGCUUGUGGAAGUUCUGAGAAAGGCUGCGGAGAGCGAUCUGGGUAGGGAGAGAAGUGGUGCUUUCUAA